AUGUCGAAUCUACCAGAACGGCCCUGGACCGAGGAGGAGAAGUACACUCUGCUCACCGAGAUUUUGAAGAAGGCCCAAGUCCCUUCGACUCAUCUGGUUAAACUCAUCCGGGACUUCCAUAUCACUCCAAGCUGGGCGGAUAUCCCACUUCCCUCAGGGCGUUCUCUGAAUUCGUGUCAGUGGGCCUUCCAGGGCAUGUGCCAACACGUCCAAGCACCGGUCCCUCAAAACUACGCACCCUGUCCUCCACGGCACGAGUCAUCCGCACCGCCAGCAGCUCCGCUGGACAGCAUCAACCCUCGGAAGCGGCCGAUUCUGCCAUCAGAUAAGCCGAUCCUCGCGCCGCGUGCAAUCCAACCCCGCCCAACGACCAGCGCCCCUCCUUUUGGCAAUGAGAGUGGCUUCUCGGCUCUCAUCUCACCGGGCUCAGAGAGCGGAACCGCUCGAAACGAGCCACCGCGAAAACGAGGUCGGCCCAGCAAAGCCGAGUCCCAACGACGUAAAGCGGUGGCCGAAGCCCUCGGAGAACCAUACCCGCCCCCGAGACGAUCAAAUUCCCACAAAAUCAAAAUUCCAUCGACUCCGACUAGCCCGUCUGCCGUCGAGCCGCUGAGCGGUUCAUUGCCGCCCAGCGCCAGCAGUCGACCUCCCAGCGUCCCACAGCCCGAGCUGCGGUACGCACCGCUGCCGGCAAGGCGGAUAGCACCAAUGGGGCCCAGCGACGACGAUCGAGCCCGAGAGUUACCAAACCCGGAGUUGGGGUCGGUAAUGCGAGAACUUCCACGGCCGGCUGAAAUGAGACACUCCUUUCCUUCUCCGCAGACGCUGCACUUCGGCCGGAGGGAAACGCUGUCGCGAAUGGAUACUGGAGACCGAGCCUACGAUCCUUUAUUCCCAGACCGAAUACCUUACGCAGACAGCAGUCGCAGAACGCUGCUUCACCCGCCCCCUCGGCGUCCAGAUGACCCUCCCACCACGGCGCCGGAGCUGCCGAUAGGGCCGUCCCUUGACAAGCGGGCCGAAUAA